AUGAUCUAUCCUGGCUAUCGACCCACCGCUCGCACCUCAGAGGAGGUGCAAGAAACACCCAAAAACUUUCAACAAACCGUCACUGGACUCCCAGCCUGGAGCAAAGCCUUUCUCAUCACGUUUUGGGUUUUCCAAAUCCUCAUCUGUGUCGUCGGUUGGGGAGUAGGAGCUCUCGCACUCGGUACAAAGUCACUCUUGCACGACGAUGAUGAUUACGCAUACAGUCACGGUGUGGAAAUCGCUCUCAGUGUCGGUGCUGGCAUCUGGAUAGCAUGGGCUAGUGUAACCUUCAUCCUCAUCGUCACCGAGAUCAUCAUGUUCUGCCGCUCAAACUUGAAACCUUGGUUUGAGCUUACUUCUUGCUGUAUCAAGACUACGUUAUGGUUGAUCAUGUUUCUCAUCGCCAGUCACGAUGUUGCGAUAGAUUCUGGCAAUGGUCUCGCACUCCUUAUCGUUGGAGUCUUCCUUAUCUUUUUCUUGAUUCCUAUGAUCUACGCUGGCUUUGUGUUGCAUCGUCACCGCCUAGCUGUCCUGACGGUCGUCGAAUCGAGUUCAGUCUAA